UAGGAUGGUUUGAUCAAGAGGGUACGCCAAUGGCCAGGGAAAAGCAGAGGGAUAGCAAGAAAGGAGAAGGGACCAGUGUGGUUAGUGAAGCGGGGAGCUCUGAAGGGGGUCUCAAGAGGAUAGUGGUCACCCUCACCGGUACUCUGAAUAAGAAUCAGGGGUAUCUUGCGGAUGCUGAGAAGAAACUUACCUUCGACGGGGCAAACAUUACGGAGUUCCUGAUAGACUACGAGAACCUCGCAGCCUUGCUGAAAUGGAUUGAGGAAGAAAAGAUGGAUCACUUAGGGCAGCACGUGUCGCUGAGCUUAGAAAGGGACAUUAUGGCUAUUGUCGCCUCUAGUGGAUCCUGGAAAGAGACCCGGAACGAGAUGAUGAGGAAGUACCUGAAGGCAGAGAAAAUGGCAACAGAAGCUGAAUUGGCGGCAGUCCAAAGGAAGAACUAUGCGACUUACAACGACUUCCUAAGGGCAUUUACUCUGGAAGCACUACGAAUUCCCGGAGUAACGGAGCGUAUAAUGAGUAAGUAUUUCCUCAGGCAGUUCUCUGAGUUCGACAAGGAUAAGAUUUUAUCGGCCUACCAGCAGACUAGCAAGUUCGAGUACACAAGGGAUGUGGAUUUCAGCACGGUAACAGACCUCGCAGAAAAGACGGUGGUGACUGAGACGCUAGCCCUGCUUAAGGAAGGAGAGGUUAUAGAUCUGACCGGGAAAACGGGGGAUAAGGUGAAGAAGGGGAUAGAAAGCCUGCAUGAAAGAGUGCACGGGGUUGCGGCUUCCCACUUGGCUCGCAGAUAUAGAAAACGUACUCAAUAAGUUUGCUUCCUCUAUAACAAAUUUCCUCAAAAACU